GUCAGAUUAAAUGACAUCAAGAAUAGCUUCACAUAUAAACAGCCAAUGUGUUUCUGAACUGUGAGCUCAUUGCAAGUAGCCCUUUGGAAAGUGAAGACCAUCGCACCCCCCCCCCCCCCCACCCCGGGGGAAUUAUGGCUACACGGCUUUGUUCAUGCACCCUAUCCUUGCUUUUACUGCUCCUGUCUCUCAAACAGUCGCCAUUGCAUGCCUCUGAUACCCUCACUACGAACCAGCAGCUCUCCGGGAACCAGAAGCUUAUAUCUCAGGAUGGCAGUUUUGCACUGGGAUUCUUUCAGCCUGCAGCUGAAGGAUCGAAUGGCAAGUGGUACAUAGGCAUCUGGUACAAUAAAAUCCCAGAACAGACUAUAGUGUGGGUGGCAAACAGAGAGAAACCAAUCUCUGAUCCAGUCUCAUCAAGCCUAACGAUCUCAGAUGAUGGUAACUUUGUUCUCCUAGUUAACCACUCAAAAUCUCCCAUCUGGUCUACGAAUAUUAAGAACACAGAUGUUAGUUCUACAGUUGCCGUGCUCCUCAACAAUGGAAACCUUUUAGUCAGACAUGAGUCUAAUACCUCUGCUGUGUUAUGGCAAAGUUUUGAUGAUUUCACAGACACAUGGCUCCCAGGAAACAAGCUCAGCCGCAACAAAAAAACUGGAGUCAUCAAACGGAUGAUCUCUUGGAAAGACCGAGGUGAUCCAGCACCAGGGAUGUUCUCAAUUCAGUUGGAUCCCAAUGGGUCAUUGCAAUAUAUUCUCCAAUGGAAUAGUUCGGUAGUGUACUGGACUACUGGCAACUGGACUAAUAAAACUGGAUUCAUUGGCGUGCCAGAGAUGUCACCUAUGAAUCCUUAUCCCAGCUCAAGGUUUAUUUUCCAGUUUGUUGACAAUGAUGAAGAGGCAUAUCUCACGUACUAUAUUAAGAAUGAUGCACUCUUAUUUACAAGAACUAUUAUUGAUGUAUCAGGCCUGUUUCAGACUUUGGUAUGGGCAGAGGCACAGCAAGCAUGGACAAUCGCUUUCACGAAACCAAAAGCUAAGUGCAGUGUUUAUGGUGUGUGUGGGGAAUACAGCAAGUGCAACGAGAAUGCUGCUUCACCAUGCAGUUGCCUCAAGGGCUUCAGUGAGAAUCGCCCAAACAGUUGGAAACUAGAUGACCAGACAACAGGUUGUAGGAGAAACAUCCCGCUGCAGUGUGGCAAUAAUGGCUCGGUGACGGUGAAGCAUGAUAGAUUCUAUGCUAUUAAUGGUGUGAAGUUGCCAGAUAACGCGCAGAGCAUCGAUGCAACCAAUGUUCAUGACUGUGAGUUGAUUUGCCUGAACAACUGCUCUUGCACAGCUUACUCUCAUAGUGGCACUUGCUUGGUUUGGUACAACCAUUUGAUGAAUCUUCAAGAUAAUAUUGAUGGAUCAAGUGAUGGUAUCUUUAUUAGAGUGGCUGCAUCAGAACUAUCCAACUCGGAACAUAAGAAGUUGUGGCUUAUUGGGAUAAUCAUUGGUGGAUUUAUUGUUCUAAUUUUUGGUGUGGCCAUUUUGUAUUUUCUUCAUAGAAGAAGAACAAUAACUAAUGGUUUAAAUCAUGUUGACGGGUCUUUGAUCAGUUUCAAAUACAGUAAUUUGCAACUCCUAACAAGAAACUUCUCAGAGCGGUUGGGUGCAGGAUCUUUCGGCUCUGUGUUCAAAGGGGUGGUAUCAGACACCACUGCAGUGGCAGUCAAAAAGCUCGAGGGCUUUCAUCAGGGGGAAAAGCAAUUCAGAACAGAGGUGAGCACCAUAGGAAAUAUUCACCACAUUAACUUGAUUCGGCUGCUUGGGUUUUGUUCUGAAGGAGUGAAAAGAUUGCUUGUCUAUGAAUAUAUGCCCAAUGGUUCACUUGAUAAACAUUUGUUUGGUUGCACCACUUUGAGUUGGAAAAUGAGAUAUCAAAUAGCUGUAGGGAUUGCCAAGGGUUUGGCUUAUCUGCAUGAGGAGUGCAGGGAUUUCAUCAUACACUGUGAUAUCAAGCCAGAAAACAUACUGUUGGAUGCUUCAUUUGUUCCAAAAGUGGCAGACUUUGGAAUGGCGAAGUUAUUAGGUCGGGAUUUUAGCAAAGUUCUAACAUCUAUGAGAGGAACCAUUGGAUAUCUUGCACCGGAAUGGAUAAGUGGUGAAGCCAUCACAACAAAGGCAGAUGUUUUCAGCUAUGGAAUGGUGCUCUUCGAGAUCAUUUCAGGAAGGAGGAAUCUAGAGCACAGAGAGACAAGCAUGGAAACAUUUUUUCCCGUGUUGGUUGCGAGGAAGCUUCUUGAAGGAGAAGUACAAGGACUGUUGGCCGAAGGUUUGAUCAACGGUGUAGAUGAAAGGGAGCCAGAAAGAGCAUGCAAGGUUGCUUGCUGGUGUGUUCAAGGUAAUGAAAGCUCCAGACCAACAAUGGGGGAAAUUGUCAAAAUUCUGGAAGGGGUGAUAGAUGUUGAUAUGCCACCAGUUCCAAGGUAUCUUGAAGUUCUUCCAGAAGGUUCAGAGAGCGUGAAAUUCUUUUCUUAUGAGGCAACUAAGUGAAUAGGUUAGGAAAGAUGUAUUUUCUAGACAUG